UAGAUUUAUUAACAGAGUUAUUCAACUAAUUUGGUUUAUUUAUAUCAGAGCAUCUGGUUUACAUCAUGUCUUGGAUUAGUAAAUUCUUCCUCUUCUGAGUAUCUGGUUUGGAAAGGCUGAUUGUCAAUGGCUAAAGAAGCCUCAUUUUGUCAUGUCUUCUUGAGCUUCAAAGGGGAAACUCGCAACAACUUCACUUGCUUCUUGCAUGAGGCCUUGAAAGCCCAAGGAUUUGUAGCUUUCAUGGACAAAAAUGACAUCCAUGUCGGUGACGAAGUAGAUUUGACGAUUAAAGAGGGAAUUCGAAACUCUAUGAGCGCCAUAAUUGUGUUCUCCCAAAAUUAUGCGUAUUCCACGUGGUGUCUUGAUGAACUCGUCCUCAUCCUGGAACGCAAGAAGAAUUCCAGGUAUUUCAUUAUGCCGAUAUUUUAUGAGGUUGAAAUCAGAGAUAUUAGGCACCAGCUCGGGAAUUACGGUGUGGCGCUUGAAAAGCAUAGCGUGAGGCACAGCCACAAAGUGGAGAAGUGGCGAGAAGCUCUGGCUGAAGUUGGAAAUAUAUUUGGCGAACAUGUACAGGGGUUACAGAGCACUUUUAUCCAAAACACUGUCAAUCUAUUUCGAGAAAAAUUGGCUGCCAAGUUCCCAGAAUGCCGCCUCCCAACGGUAAGGAGUACAGAGUUGCAAGGCAGUUCUUCAUCAUCCUUUCUGAGGCGUGGGCCAUCUGACGACAAGGUGAUUCUUUACACGACUAGUGUUAACAAUGGCCUAGGUGCGAAUGGGCUGGUAAAGGCGAAUCUGGUGAGUGGAAAUGUUGUGUUUGAAGAGCGGAACUGUUCAAAAGAGCCAAAGUAUCUGAUAGAGCUUCAAGAGCUGGUGGGUAAUGACAAGGUGAGGUUUCCUAUGGUGGUUGUGAAUGGGAAGGACUUGUGUGGAGAAGAGGAAGUGGAAGGUUUAGAGGAUUUUCAAGGCAUGGCGAAGCUCAAAGCGACUCUGAAUAUAUUGUAUGCUGGACAGAUGCAAAUGGAGAGCAUAAGCAAUUACAUGAAAACUACCAGUUCAAUUUUAGGUUGGGAUGAGAAGCGUUUUUAAGGGUGAUGAUUUACAUUAUGCGAAAUAAUUCGUGUUGCAAAGUUUGUUUUAUGCAGUGCUGAGGCCGAAAUUUCAUUCUUGAUCUAUUCUUUUACAUAAAGAACGAUGGAUACACACUAAUGUAGCCCGUCAAUUAUUUAGAUUUUAUUGGAUAAUCUAUUGUAGCG